AUGGCAACGUAUGGUAGACUGGUAGUUGGCAGUGUUAAUGGUGGCGAUAGUGGAAGAGUAAUGAUAUUUUCUUUUUCUCACUCGUCAUCUUCGUUGAUUUGUAACAUUCGGAUUCCCAGGUAUAAAGAAAAAGAAUGGGAUAUUGAGCAGCUUGUGGGAUCUGGUGGCAUGCCAUCAUCAUAUUCAGCAACUGUGACUGCUCUUGGUACUACUGUUGGUGUUGGUUUUCAGGAUGGUAUUAGUGGCACUAAAUUUGCAAUUGCUAUCAUACUAGCUUUUAUCGUAAUGUAUGAUGCAAAUGGUGUUUGUAACAAACAUGUACUAUUGAAUCAAAUAGUAUAUGCUCUUCCUAUUGAACAUCCCUUACCUGAUAACAGACCACUUCGUGAACUUCUUGGGCACAACCCUCCUCAGGUUGCAACUGGUGCAUUGUUGGGGUUCCUUACAACAACAGUUGUUCACUUAAUCUCUCAAGUUGCUACUAUGGCUUGACAGUUGACAUAAGGAUCCUUCUGCAACACAUUCUACUGAAGAAGUAGCACCUAUAUGUGCAUGAGUCUUUGUUUUCAUUUUGGCAUGGGAAUGAAUUUCAUAGUCAGGAACGUAUAAUGAUGCCUUUGAGAAGCAUAU